AUGACCUCAUUCUUGCAGCGCCGUGGGUUGCAAACAAAUGAGGAGCGUGUCAAGGAGCUGUUGGCCAGUCUCCAGCCCAAGUUGGAUGCAUAUGACUUGAUCCUGAGCAAACAGAAGUACCUUGCUGGUGACUCUGUCACGCUUGCCGAUUUGGCGCACUUGCCAUAUGGAUCUCCUCAAAUAUAUUUCAGUUUGCCUACUACCUUCACCCUGCCUGCAUAUGAUGGCCCCGGUGUCUUUCUGGAUUGUGUCAUUUCCAUCCACGACCUCCAACAAGCAGGCAUUUCUCCACUUCCGUCAUACACCCGCCACAUGAAGAGUGUGAGUGGGAUGUUGACGUUAUUGCACCGCUGGCCAUUCACCCUCUCCGGAAUACGUGGGUCUUUUGGUUCCGACCACAGCGCGCUCUGGGAGUUCCUUGUCGGUGAACUACCAGAGAUAUUGACUAUAUAUGCCCACAACGCCCACUACAUGUCUCAAAAGCCAAGCGCUAUCAUUUUCGGUAAUUGGCAUCACUAUUGGCCACGAUUCCAAGACGCUCACAAUUACUUUUUCAAAUUCACUCGCAUAGGUGGUCUAAAUACAUGUUCACGAGCACUUGCAGCAUUACUGGUUCCACCCAAGGGGGAGAGACUCAUUUCGAUUCUCUGUUUAUCCACCCACAACCACAGCAGAGCCGGGGCCAAGAGCAGUGUUAAGUACGGUGCAAAGAAGUUAAGGAUAUCGCGCUCGAAGGAUUCCCGUAGCCCUGCUCCCCCGAAUAUCGAGGAUCAGGCUGCCUCACCUGGUAUGGAAGUGGAGGCUGAUAUCCAAUCAGCACUUCGGGAUGCACAAGAGGCUGCAAGACACAUGUAUCCACUUCCUGGACCUGCGAUAACUGUGGCGUCUGUUGACCAAGACGCACAAGCGGAUCUCGAUGUUGCUGAUGGUUUCCAGGACACAUAUUUGAAACCCCUCAGGAUAUUCGACACUGUUAUUGGAGAGAUUGCGAAUGUACAUCCAUAUACAAAGAUGGCACUGGGCGUGUUGUCUUUUGCAGCCAAACUCAAGCAGAUCACAAUGCAGCGUUUCGUGACACAAGACGAGAACCUUCAACAAAUUUUGUCGAUGCACACUGUCCUUGGCAAGAUUUCCCAGCAGAGUCGUGAAUGUGCUCAGUUUAUCACAAAUUAUUCGGAGACCAAGAACUUUUGGAAGAGAAGUGGAAAGGACAUCCUCUCGGAAAUGAACGAUAUGAUCAAAAAGUACAGUGAUGUAUUCAAUAGGCUCAUGCAAAACUUUCGGGACCAAGUCACUUGCGACGUAGCCGUACACAUCCACCGUACAGAAGAGUUACUGGACCUCAACGGUAUGACUUAUGCAGAGGGCGCGGGACUAGAUACCAGGAAGAAACUUCUGGCCGGCCAUCUGAUCAAGUGCAGUAACCUACAAUUGUAUGAGUCCAAUCCUUUUGUUCGUUCGCGUCUGUUCUUGUCAAAUCUCUACAUCUACUUUAUCAUCAAGAUCCUGCAUCUGGACUUCUUGAAAGCAUGGUGCAAGAGCACUUGCGAUGAAGGCGCCACAGGUUGUCAGGAAGGAGAUGGGUGCGAUUUAGCAAUGGAUGCUUUAGGGACAUGCACUAGGAGGGAUGUUGCUCGUGCAGUGAUGAUUGUGCUGCAUAUACACCAAGUACGCCAUUGGACCCAGAGUCAGACUGUUACUGCAAUCAUGGACGUAGCCAACAUAUACAUCCUGCCGCAAAUUUCCCUCCUCGAGGAGGUCUACAAAUGA